AUGCACGCACACGGAGACGGCUAUAUGCCAAUGCGGCCGCCGAUGUCCAUCAUGGAUGUCUUCUUCCCAGGAUUCAGCACGGUUACUGCGUCUGCCCAGCAAUUGCUAGUUGGUGACGAGAAUACCUUCGUUCGCUUACUUUGUAUGGGGGUCAUCUUUGCGACAUUUGUCCAAUAUGCGACUGCUUAUGCGAAAAAAUUAAUCGACAGACACUUCGGCCGCACCAUCCAUAUACCCUUCACCGAUGAAUCUUACGACAUGGUUAUUCACUGGAUACGUCAACAACUGUUUUCCCGAAAGGCACACUCUGUGAUAGCUCGCAUAAAAACGGAAGAACGAACGUUCGUCCAGGACCAGCCUGCGCGGGAGAAACCCCUUUGUUAUUCUCCUUGGCAAGGAUCGUUUAAUUUUUCGUACAACGGUCAUCAGCUUGUGUUUCACACUCGUGCGAAUGAAUAUUCCGAGGAUAUCACCAUUACCGCUAUUGGCACGUCCUCGGAUAUUUUGUUUGAAUGGAUGGAAGAGUGCCGCGCACAGUAUCUCGCUUUCGUCCGGGAGAAGGUUACUAUUUUUCAACAUCAGGAUGGUAUAUGGAAAAUAAAUAGCCGGAGAGCUGCUAAGGACAUAUCGACGGUCAUCAUGGACGAAAAUCUAAAAUACAGCAUUUUGAAGGAUAUCCAAGAGUUCCUUGAUGAUCAGAAGUGGUAUAUAAACCGAGGAAUGCUCUACAAACGAGGAUAUCUCUUGCACGGUGACCCUGGCACCGGCAAAUCUAGUUUCUGUUGGUCGAUUGCCAGCCACUUUAAGUUGGAAAUCUACAGCCUCAACCUAUCCAAUUUGACGGACAACACACUGAGUAGGUUAUUUACCGAGCUGCCUUCUCGAUGUAUCGUUUUCCUCGAGGACGUGGAUGCCGUUGGUCUGGAACGAGAGAUUGCUGGUAAGGCCCAAAGCCGCCAGAACACGCCGCGGUCUGAGGUAUCACUAUCCGGUCUCUUGAAUGUCCUUGAUGGGGUCUCAUCUCCCGAGGGCCGUAUACUAAUGAUGUCCACGAAUCGCCCGCACGCGCUGGAUGAAGCACUCAUCCGACCCGGUCGUGUCGAUAAAAAAAUACUCUUCAAAUGUGCUGAUAGCUAUAUGGCUGCUCAGCUUUUCCGCAAAAUCUUCCAGAAACAACCAAACGAGGACAAAAAGCUGGGGGACGUGGGUGAGGAUGAGCUUGAACGGCUUACCAAAGCAUUUGCCUCCCAGAUACCAGAGGAAGAAUUCAGUCCAGCCACAAUCGAGAAUUUUCUUUUACAGCAUAAACAUUCUCCUGUUCAUGCUGUUGAUGGUGUUCAAGAGUGGGUGGUAAAUGAACGGAAAGCAGCGAAGGCGUGGACUGUAGUCAGUUGA